AUGUCUGAACAGCUCAAAGUAUCUCCCGCAAAGAAAUCUAUCCUAGAUGACAAAUGGGACGUGGUACUUUCUAAUUUGGUAGUCAAGACUGGAUUAGGUUUUGGCGCUGGUGUUGUAGCAUCCGUCCUGUUUUUCAGACGCAGAGCUUUCCCAGUUUGGAUUGGCAUUGGAUUUGGACUAGGCAGAGGCUAUGCUGAAGGCGACGCCAUCUUUAGGUCGUCAGCGGGCCUAAGAAACGUGAGAGCUUAA